AUGAUACCUUCCAAUGGGUCUUCCUCUACUGAGGUCUCUGAAUUUCUCCUGAACUGUUUCGUCAGCUCUCCAAAUUGGAAGCAUUGGCUCUCUGUGCCCCUUAGCCUGCUCUUCCUCCUGGCCAUGGGUGCCAAUGCCACCCUCCUGAUCACCAUUAGGCUGGAAGCAUCCUUGCAUGAGCCCAUGUACUACUUGCUCAGCCUCCUCUCUAUUUUGGAUAUUGUGCUAUGCCUGACAGUCAUCCCCAAAGUCCUGCUUGUCUUUUGGUUUGACCUCAGACCCAUCAGCUUCUCUGCUUGCUUCCUCCAAAUGUUCAUCAUGAACAACUUUCUCCCCAUGGAAUCUUGCACCUUCUUGGUCAUGGCAUAUGACCGCUAUGUAGCCAUAUGCCACCCCUUGCGCUACCCAUCCAUCAUCACUGAUCAAUUUGUGAUUAAAGCUGGUAUCUUUAUUGUGAUGCGGAAUACCCUUGUCACUGCUCCAAUUCCCAUCCUCUCUGCACGACUCCAUUAUUGUGGGAAUAACAUCAUUGAGAAUUGUAUUUGUGCCAACCUGUCAGUGUCCAAGCUCUCCUGUGAUAAUGUUACUCUCAAUAAGAUCUACCAGUUAAUUGUGGCCUGGACCUUGAUAGGAUCUGAUAUUAUUCUCAUCUUUGUCUCUUAUACCUUCAUCCUGAGGGCUGUGAUGAGACUUAAGGCUAAAGGAGCUGCUGCAAAGGCCCUGAGCACAUGUAGUUCCCACUUUAUCCUCAUUCUCUUUUUUAGCACCGUACUCCUGGUUUUCAUUUUUACUCACAUGGCCAAAAAUAAAGUUUCUCAUGAUGUCCCUGUCCUACUCAAUGUCUUGCACCAUGUAAUCCCUGCUGCUCUCAACCCGAUUGUUUAUGGGGUAAGAACCCAGGAAAUUAAACAAGGAAUCUGGAGGUUGAUGAAGAAGGGGCAGUGA